UAUGAUCUCACAUGUGGAAUCUAAAAAAAAAAAACAAACAAACCCAAAGGCCCAGAAAUAGAGAACUUAUGGAUUAAAUUGGUUUUUGGUGAUUGCCCAGGGCUUCAACUUUAUUUCAUAAGUUUAUUUCUUUGGAAAACUGUUUCCAAGCUUUAUAACAAAGUAUCACUGAACUUGGAGAAGAUAGUCUGUGCAUAAGUUGGAGACUUUGCCUAUUUUGAAAUGGAAAAAUUCUUGUCUCAGCAUUACUGAGUUAAUGUACAGUUGGUACAAAGUUUUUAAUUCUAAUUGCUGACUUGCUUAGUGAGUGAAUGAUUGAUCAUAAUCAACUGGAACGUGUAAGAUAAAGCAUGGUGACCUGAGUAGUUUUUCUGGUACAGUCAAUUCUUUAGUGUGAUAAAUAUUUUUAUAAACAAUUUUUCUGUUUCUCUUGGAUAGUCAGUUUCUCUCCCUCCCUCUUUUUCAGGAGACUUACGUGAAAGGGUUGGAAGCCUUGAUGUUUGAGUAGACAAGAGAAGACUGAAAAGUACAGAAGGAGUCACUAGUUGGCUAACAUGGGCCUGAGCAUCGAUGACACGGUCACUUCUACAGCUUGAAGAGAGAGCCUCGAGUCUCAGUUUGUUAUUUUCUCUCCCUUCCGGUUGGGGCCUUCUAUUUUGGUCUUGGGAAUUGGGUUCACAGUUGAAGGAAGGAGGCCCCAAAGGUACUGAGAUAAUCUCUGGAGUAAAGAAAACAGGAAAAGUAAAGAAACUAUGAGUGGAGGAUCUCAAGUCCACAUUUUUUUGGGUGCUCCGGUUGGUCCAUUGAACAUGACAGUAUCAACGGAACCAACUUCUUUAAUGUCUACUGAGAACCCCUGGAAAAAAAUUCAGCUUUUAUACCACCAACAUUCUUUACAUCUGAGGGAUGAAAACUGCACGCAUGAAACUCUUGAAGACUAUCCAGUUCUAGAAGCUAAUGGCCCUCUAGAUUUUCCUAGUGCUCAGUUUUUAACAAACCCUAUGGGUGAACCUAUUCAUGUGAAAGAAGACUCUAUAGAUUGUAUUUCUGAAACACAGACUGUAAAAUCCCAGGAGAGUCCCCCUUUAGGAGUGAGAGAGAGAACCAGCUCUGAUGUGCAAAUAUGUGGAUUUAAGGGAAAAGUUCAGCAUUUAACAGAAGAAGAAAAGUUUCAAAAUCUUCUCAGUGAAAAUAAGAAAAUUGCAGAUGGACAGCAUAAAGAUCAGUCAAAUACAUGUGGUCAGAACUUUCAGAAAAACUUCUUUCAGUUAGAUCAUAAGUGUGCAGCUACGUUAGAUUUGGUCUGUAGUAUGGAAAAGAUUAAUGUGGGGCUGGGAGCGAUUGAAAUGAAGUGUGGGCCAACAGAGCAUCAUGAGGUACAAAACCAGGGUCUGGAGUUCUUUUCCUCUGACACAGAAGAUAAGCCAAGGUCCGAAGCUGUUAGAAAGGUCGCAGACCUUAAAAUAUCUACGGAUACUGAAUUUCUUACUAUAAUGACCUCCAGCCAGGUUGCUUUUUUAUCUCAAAGGAAGUCUAAAGGACAGAAUUUUAUCAAUAAAGGGCCUGUAAGCGAACCAAAGGCAAGUCAUAGGGAAAUAAGAAUACUUGAAGAUAAUUUGACUCAGCCUAAUGAUGACUUUGCAGGAGGAUGUGAAAGUGGACAAAAUCAAGCACAUUCCCUUGAACUCUUUAGUCCUGUUUGUCCUGAAGCAAAAAGUAGCGACACUCACAUGAAGUCUGAUAAAAGUCUCGAAGAAAAUAGAGGACCUCAAGCACUGUUCAAUUUUGAAGACAAACCGCCACCCAGUGAUGUAUGUAUCGAGUCAUAUAGCUCAGGAAUGCUGUGUUCCCAACUAAAUACCUUCCACAAAAGUUCUGUUAAAAGAAGUUGGACCUCUGAAGACAAGUUGGGCCAUUCCAAAGCUCUGUCUAAAGUCCUCCAACCAUCCAAGAAAAUUAAGUUGGUCUCUGAUGCAGGAGAUCCUACUGCAACAAUGGACCAGAGGAAUGUGUCUAAAUUUAAGGGGAUUAAAAAAACAUCAUUAAUACAAAAUUGUGAUUCUAAGAGUCAGAAGUAUAAUUGUUUAGUCAUGGUAUUAUCUCCAUGUCACGUGAAAGAAAUAAGUAUAAAAUCUGGACCAAAUUCCGGCUCUAAAGUGCCUUUAGGAACAAUUGUGGUAACGGACCAGUCAGGAAUUAAGAAGAAGGUAUCUCUGUGGAGGGCUGCAGCAUUUUGGGCACUUGUAGUAUUUCCUGGAGAUAUAAUUUUGCUUACAGGUAAGGUCAAUCAUGGGGUAGUGUGUUUCUUUAAUUUGAACAUGUUAUUGAAGGUCACAUGUUAUUUACUGUUUUGUAGGCCAGCUGUAAUGACCAUAGCUGAUGGAAUAUAUAAGGUUUGCAUCCACGUAGGAUCAAAGCUGAUUGAGAAGAUUCUUCUCAACAUUUCUCCUGACUGGCUCAACAGAGUUAUAGCACCUCCCUCAGAGAUCACCUAUGCCAUGGUGGCCGCUGACUUGAUCCACUCGCUGGUGGCCGGCGGCGGCGCCCCUUGCGCGGUGAAGGCGCAGAGCCUCUUCGUGUUGGAUGAGAACAGCUGCCCGCUGCAACAAGAGUUCUCCCUACUGGAUUUUUAUCCCGACAGUGGCAAGCCUGUACCCAGUGCCCUCCUCUGAGACCGGAGGGGGAAGUGGCAGGUACUUCAAGGAAGAUGGCUGAACUGAUUUGCCUUUUCGAGAGAAAUGAAUGACAGGGCUUUACCUGGGCGUU